AUGGCGGCCUCGGGAGGCGGCGGUAACGCGAGCGGAGGCAGAGAGAGCGACGAUGACGAAAGCGACGACUACGAGCUGACCCCCAGGAAAAAGAAAGGCGCGUUUUCGGUCCCGGCGGAGCUGUACAACAGGAUGUACGCCCACCAGAGGAUCGGGGUGCGGUGGCUGUGGAGUCUACACCAGGGGGACAUGGGCGGCAUCCUUGGCGACGACAUGGGUCUGGGGAAAACCUUCCAGGUGACCUGCUUCCUAGCGGGACUUUUCGGCACCAGGCAGGCCAAGAGCGCCCUCGUGCUCGCCCCUAAGAGCGUCAUGCGCGGGUGGGAAGACGAGCUAGGGCGCUGGUUGGUCAGGGCUGCCUGCCCAAAGGCCGAGGUGGUAGUGAUGGCAAGCGAGAUGCCAGCCAAGGCGAGGAGGCGAGCGAUCGCCCUCGCGGCGGAGGGGGGGAGCCGCGGACGGGGAGCGGUGCUCAUCACGACCUACGGCAUGGUCUCCUCGAACCCCAAGCAGUUCGCCCCCGCCGUGGGCGGCUCCGGGGGAUGGAUAGAGAGGGAGGAACCCCGGAAGCAUGUGUGGGACUACGUCAUCCUGGACGAGGGGCACAAGAUCAAGAACGCCUCCACAAAGACCCCAGUCCAGAACAACCUGAAGGAGCUGCACACCGUCGUGGACUGGGCCACGUUUGGUAAAUUGCUCGGGCCCUACAAGUACUUCAAGAAGGCGUAA